CAAAAAAAAGAGUUCUGCAGACAAUAAGCAGCCAGCCUGUACUGAUCCAAACCCCGGAUUCUAAAACUUUACAAUGGAGAUUCCAAUAUUUACAGUUGAUGCAUUUACUAAUUUACCCUUUAAAGGAAAUCCUGCAGCAGUCUGUCUGUUAGAGAAUAAACUGCAGGAUGAGCUCUAUCAGAAAAUUGCAGCGGAGAUGAACUUAUCAGAGACUGCAUUUGUCACAAAGUUGAAACCAACAGACAGCUUUUCUUCAGGGGCAAGAUUUGGCCUGCGCUGGUUCACCCCUACAAAUGAAAUUGCUCUGUGCGGUCAUGCAACACUGGCUUCAGCAGCAGCGCUCUUUUACAGAAAAGAAAACCCUAACCCUGUGGUGGAGUUUGAGACUUUGAGUGGAGAGCUGCAGGUCCGGCAGCAUGGCGAAUCUCUAGUGAUGAACUUCCCUCUUAACAAACCGGAAGUUCAGGAUUUCAACAAAUUCAGUAAUGUGAUAAAGGCUACUGUGGGAGAUCUACCUGUUCAGGAGGUUUGCUACUGUAAAACCACAAAGAAGCUUGUAGUGCGUCUGGCUGAUACAUGUGACAGGUCAGCUCUUACAUCUCUGAGUCCGGUGGCUGAGACUCUGCUGAAAAGUGAAAGCAGUGGAAAGGUUAAAAGCAUCAUCAUUACAAGUAAAGGGGCUCCAACUGUACAGCCUGGAUACGACUUCUUCUCCCGCAACUUCGCCCCAUGGAAUGGCAUCCCAGAAGAUCCUGUGACGGGAUCUGCUCAUACUGUCCUUGCUGCGUACUGGUCCGAGAAACUGGGCAAGAAGAAAAUGUUAGCUUAUCAGUGCUCUAAACGUGGGGGUGAGCUGGAGCUGGAAGUAAGAGAUGACGGCAGAGUGGACAUCGCUGGUCGAGCAGUGGUCCUUCUUCAGGGAACCCUAAAACUCUAGAGAAACCUGCAUAAAGACUGCAUAAUCAAACGGAAGCUGUCACAACAAGGCCAUUUUAGUGAAGAGGACAAAUAAAAUAUAGAUUUAUUCAAUAAAAAAUACCUUUCAAACUUUG